AUGACGUUCAGCCAGUCUAGCAGUGUCACUCCCGCCCCGCUCGACUCCGCUUGGCCGCCGGCCCAUAUCUGGGAAACCAUGGGUGCGGCCGACCGUGCCAGUUGGUUAGGACAGAUACAGAGAGACAGGGCUAGGCGCCUUGAAUUAGAUGUCGCAGAGACCGAUCUACGCCGCAGGAGGCCUCGUGCGGACCUACAAGAUGACGAUACUCCCGAGGAAAACCGUGAGCCACCCCCUGAAGUCAAACCACUCAUCGACAUAUUUCCGGGUGUCUCCGCCGCCCUUCUUACGCGCGUCUUCGAGAGGAAGUUGAAGGCGACUGAACUCAUACGCUUCAAAGAGAAGUCAGUCACCGAGCUGGAUCAGGAUGACAGAGUCUUCAAGAUGACCGAGUCGGGAGGCACAGUAGGCUUCAAGAAGGCAACAGCGUCGCUUAGGGACUGGGGCCCUAACCCUCAAAUAUAG